UAUGUACUUAAAUCCACAGUAAUAAGUAGCGCCAUUACCAUUUGGAUAUACUACUAACACACCCAGUAUCUUAUCAAUAUUUAUUAUUAGCAAAACCUGUAUAUUAACCCUAACCACCAAUAGAAGCAGAAUAUUAAAGUAGUUAUAUAGUCUAUUCUUUAAGUGAAAGUAUAACCUGAGCCACCAAGAGAGUAAAUAAUUGUAUAGUAACCAAUUCCAAACAAAACUAUUGCUGUAGUAAAACCAAAGAAGUAUUCUUAUGUAAUCGUUAAAUUUGAAUUUAUAGUUGAUAGAUUGGUUACUUUACAUAUUGCCAAUAGCAUUCUUUAUUAUAAUUCUUCUAAUUAUGGCAUUACUUUUUGCUUCUAAAGUAAAACAUCUUAAUCCAGAAGGUGCACAUAACACACUUGAAACUUUGAAAAAUAAUAUGCAAUAAGCUCCAAUAGAAGAUAUUGUUGUAGCAACACAAUCUUCAUCUGCUUCAGUUCUUAAUAUGAUAUCAUAUUUUACACAUGAUUCAGUAGAGUGUCCAGAUGGUUAUGGUAAAACUCAUUUAGGUUAAUGGGAUGGAGUAUCAUCUGGAUGUAUUUGUGAAAAUGGUGAUAUUAGUCAUUCUCUUACUUGUUUUUAUAAAUCUAAUUGUAAAAGAGUGAAAUCUCAUGAUUCUUAAUUAUUUACAACAUGGUAAUAAAAAUAAUAUUGUACUAAAUUAUAUGCUGAAUGGAAAACAUUAGAAGGUGCUGCUUGUGAAACAACUUAUAAAUAAUGUGGAAAUGUAUGUGUACCAUAAAAUAAAAAUUGUCCACUUUCAGGUUUAAUUAAAGAUAAUUCAAGAUAAAAUGAUAGAAAUGCAAUAAAAAUAGGAACAGAUAAUUACAUUAAACAAUUUGAUAACUCAUCACCUAUUGUUAGUAUUGAAGUUGUACCAGGAAUUGGAGAAAGUAAUUCUUCACCUUGUUACAAUCAUAAAUUGAAUCCAAAAUUCUAAUCAAAUAAAUAUUAUCCUCUAGCAAAAAGACCUGAAAUUGGUUGUGAUGAUUAUAAAGAUUUGUAAUCUCAUCGAAUUACUUUAAAUACAUUUUCAGCUCAUCAAAUUUAUUAAUAAAAUGGUUUAGCAGAUGUACUAUCUUAAUUACCUUUCUAUUAAAAUUAUGAAGAUAAUUCAGAUACGUAUGCAUUAGAAGCCAUAAAGAAAAUUUAAAUUAAUACAAAUGAGGUAUGUUAGAAAUUGUCUCCAAAAGAUAUUGAUUAAAUAUCUAAGAGUGGAUAAAGAGUAUAUAAUUCAGAAAGAGCUAUGUCUUUAAUUAUUAUUAUAAGUGUAGGAAUUGUACUUUUCUUGGUUCCUAUUUUAUAUUUGAUGAAAAAUAGAGUAUAUUUAUUUUAUUUAAUAUUAGAUUUUCUCAUGGAUGGAUAUGACAGAUUUUCAUCAACCAAAGUUUUUAUGUGGUAUUGGAUUAAUCAUUGCCAUUUUAUGCAUAGGAUUAGGAGCAGUUUAUUUAAAUGAAGUAGAUGGAAAUGUAAUUUUAUUGCUAUACUAUUUUAGAAUGGACUUAGAGAACAUAAUGCUUAAUUCUCUAAAUAUCUUGAGAAAAAUUGUUUUCCUGAUGAAGGUUUAAAAUAAGUAUUAUAUUUUCAUGAUAAUUUUAGGCUAUUACUUAAGUUAAUCAUUUUGCUAAAAAUACUUAUUCGAGUACCUAUUCUCUUGUUAUUGCAGCAUUUUAUAUUAGUAUUAUAUUUAUUGUCCUUCUAAUAAUUUUUGUUGCUUACUAAUACUUUGUUCAUAAAUCAUUGUUUGAUAAUCCUUGGACUCCUAGAUAACAAGAAUAUUCAGAAUUUCAUUGA